GCACCCCUAUCUUACAAUAUGUCGAACGAGAUGGAAAUUGACCCUCCUGUCGCGAACGACGACGCUCCCGAGCAGUCAGACCGCAGUUUUGAGCCACGCACCCAGGGGAACGCGGUCGCCGUGCGCAGUAUCGAAGGAUGGAUUAUCAUCGUAUCUAAUAUCCACGAGGAAUCAUCGGAGGAAGAUGUCACUGAACUCUUUGCGGAGUAUGGUGAGAUCAAAAACUUCAGCUUGAACCUUGAUCGGCGAACGGGUUAUGUCAAGGGCUACGCAUUGAUCGAAUACUCCACUCUCCCUGAAGCCAGUGAAGCUAUCCAGAACCUUAACGGUUACAAGCUCCUUGAACAGACCCUUCGUGUUGACUAUGCUUUUGUUCGCCCGCCCCCAUCAGGCAAGAACAAGAAUGGAGGGCCAAAGGGCCGGGCUACUCGGAAUCGCAGCAGAAGCCCCAACCGGAGUCGCAGCCCUGAAGCUGGCGGCGACCGGGAAUAA